AAACCGAGCGGCUCCUCGGGCGCACCAUGGCACUGGAGUAGCGCGGGGAGCGCGCCCGGAGCCCCGCGGCCCGCUGCGCCCCGCCCGGGACCCCGCUGAGCCGCCCGCGCCCCCCCAGCCCGCGGGGCCGCCCCUGCACCCCCGCCCCCUCCCCCGCCCGCCGCCGCCGCCGCCGCCGCCGCCGCGGCCGCCGCCUCCUCCCCGCGGCUCCGUCUGCCGCCGCCGCCGCCGCUGCUGCCGCCGCCGUCGCCACCGCCGCCGCCGGGCUCCGGGGCUGACGAGCAGGUGACAGAGGAGCCGGCGCGCGUGGCCGCGAGGGCCCGGGAGAGCGCGGCGCGGGCUGCAGCCGCCCCGGCCCACCCGCACGACGCCGGGGCCCGGGGCCAGCGCGCCGCCGCUCCGCGGAGCUCGCCGCGGGCAGCGGGCGGCCCCGGCCGCAGCCCGAGCCCCGCGGGGGCCGCGCCUCCCCGGCUCCAGGGCCGCGGCAGCAGCGGCGAGCGGGCGGACGGGCGGGCGGGCGGCGGCGGCGAGCGGUCCGGCCGGCGAGGUCCGCGGCGCGCCCCGCGUCCCAUGGAUAUAGCAACAGGUCCCGAGUCGCUGGAGAGGUGUUUCCCUCGCGGGCAGACCGAGUGCGCCAAGAUGUUGGACGGCAUCAAGAUGGAGGAGCACGCCCUGCGACCCGGGCCCGCCACUCUGGGGGUGCUGCUGGGCUCGGACUGCCCGCAUCCCGCCGUGUGCGAGGGCUGCCAGCGGCCCAUCUCCGACCGCUUCCUGAUGCGAGUCAACGAAUCGUCCUGGCACGAGGAGUGUUUGCAGUGCGCGGCGUGUCAGCAAGCCCUCACCACCAGCUGCUACUUCCGGGAUCGGAAACUGUACUGCAAACAAGACUACCAACAGCUCUUCGCAGCCAAGUGCAGCGGCUGCAUGGAGAAGAUCGCCCCCACCGAGUUCGUGAUGCGGGCGCUGGAGUGCGUGUACCACCUGGGCUGCUUCUGCUGCUGCGUGUGUGAGCGGCAGCUGCGCAAAGGCGACGAGUUCGUGCUCAAGGAGGGCCAGCUGCUGUGCAAGGGCGACUACGAGAAGGAGAAGGACCUGCUCAGCUCCGUGAGCCCCGACGAGUCCGACUCUGUGAAGAGCGAGGAUGAAGAUGGUGACAUGAAGCCGGCUAAGGGGCAGGGCAGCCAGAGCAAGGGCAGCGGGGACGACGGGAAGGACCCUCGGAGGCCCAAGCGGCCCCGGACCAUCCUCACCACCCAGCAGAGAAGAGCCUUCAAGGCCUCCUUCGAGGUCUCCUCUAAGCCCUGCCGGAAGGUCCGGGAGACGCUGGCGGCUGAGACGGGCCUCAGUGUGCGCGUGGUCCAGGUCUGGUUUCAGAACCAAAGAGCAAAGAUGAAGAAGCUGGCCAGGCGGCACCAACAGCAGCAGGAGCAGCAGAACUCCCAGCGGCUGGGCCAGGAGGUCUUGUCAAGCCGCAUGGAGGGCAUGAUGGCCUCCUACACGCCGCUGGCCCCGCCGCAGCAGCAGAUCGUGGCCAUGGAGCAGAGCCCCUACGGCAGCAGUGACCCCUUCCAGCAGGGCCUCACGCCACCCCAAAUGCCAGGGAAUGACUCCAUCUUCCACGACAUCGACAGCGACACCUCCCUCACCAGCCUCAGCGACUGCUUCCUUGGCUCCUCCGAUGUGGGCUCCCUGCAGGCCCGCGUGGGGAACCCCAUCGACCGGCUCUACUCCAUGCAGAGUUCCUACUUCGCCUCCUGAGAGCCAGCCAGGACACAUGGACGCUUGGGCACGGGCCUGGGGUGGGACUACGGGCUUCAGCCGCCACCCAGACACCCCACGCCUGCUGCCCUACACAGACUGCAGACAGCCAUACGGUGCCCUCCCCUCAGCCAGCUGGGGCCUGGCUCGAGUGCCCAUUUGGGCACAGCUGGACAGGCAGAUGGGCAAAGCUUGGGCAGGGGCUGUAUCCUGCCCACAGAGACCUUGUCACCCCCAGGGACCUAGAGCUCUCGGACAGCCACUCGCCUCCCAGCCCCUCUCACCUCCAUUGCCUCCUUCUCCCUCCCUCUCUCUUUUUGGGAAGCUUAAAUUCUCUCUAUUUUUUUAAACGUCCUCUCUGUGUCCAGCCAACCUCCAUGCCCCACCCCUACAUGCCCCGCCCCCAGGAUGGUGACAUUCCGACACUGUGCCUGGUACCUGAGAAGCCUGGGUACCAAUCCCCGUGCUGGUGCCCACUUCUCCACCAGCUAGCGCAGGGGUGGCAACUGGGUGGCCCAGGCUCACCCCUCCCAGCUGAGCCUGAACCGGAAGUGGGAGGGGCCAGGCAGCUGUGACUCGCCCACUACACUCUGCCUGAUUGGAGAGUCAGGGGCAAGAGGCGGGGUGUGGGUGGAGCCAGCAAACACCAAGGGACUGCAGUACACAUGCAAAGGCAUGCGCAGGUAUAGGCACACACUCUACACACACACACACCACACACGCCCCAGAGGGAUGCUCUGUGGGUCUGUCCAGCCUUAUUAGGAAGCAGAAAGGAGGCCAAAAGGGAC